GAAGUGUAGGUGACGGUCUGAGGUAGCACCGCCAAGCUGGGAACCGGGGAGAUGGCUGAGACGGACCCCAAGACCGUGCAGGAUCUCACCUCGGUGGUGCAGACACUCCUGCAGCAGAUGCAAGAUAAAUUUCAGACCAUGUCCGACCAGAUCAUCGGAAGAAUUGAUGACAUGAGCAGUCGCAUUGAUGACCUGGAGAAAAACAUCGCAGACCUCAUGACACAGGCCGGGGUGGAAGAGCUGGAUGGGGAAAACAAGAUCCCUGCCACACAGAAGAGUAGAAGGCUGCUCAUCUGCACUGGACUCUGCAACACCCUUUGUACAAGCUGAGAGGAGACAGUGGCUUUUUGCAACUAACUACUAUGUGUAGACAGGUUUUAUAUUAUCAAGUGUGCAUUCUUCUUACCACGUCCUAUAGAGUUAGUUUAUAGAGUGAUUUCCCUCCCCUGCCCCCCAUGUUUCCUGAACGUGGUAACUUCACAUCUUGGACCUUGGUCAGUUGUGCUAUUAAACACUAAAACUUUGGCAGUUCCUG